UCUUAAUCGAACGCGCCCAAUGGUGACAGCAUCGCUGAAAACACGAAGAACAUGAAGUCAUCGACAGUUGUUUCGGUUUAAUAGUUGGGACAUCGGAAUUUAUACGUAAUGUUGUAUUUAUUUGAAAUCAGAAUGUAGCUAUGCCGUCUACUAUUGUCUUGUAUGAGACCGAACAAAGACAUUAAUCUUCUGAUGGCUGUGAACACGGAGACGGCAACAUGAUUGAAUUCUGUACGAAGAAACGUAUGCUGAUAGCCCUCUUCGUCUUACUCAGUGUAUCUUUUAUUAUCCUGCUGGUACAGAGUGCUUGGUCAACCCACCAUUCCAUAGGUGACUUCAACACCUUAAAAGGGAGAAAAAAAGGAAAUGAGAGUUGUUUAAUUGGGAAGGAAAAAGUAGUGGAAGCCUGUCGUGCUUGCUCCAGGUUAGAGCUGAAGCGGGAGCUGCUCUUCUGUAUGGAUAAAGGGUAUAUGGAGGUCAUUGAGUGCAAGGAUAAAAGAAAAAUUUCCAGAAGUUGUGACAUAGACCCCUACACACACAAGACCAGAUUCUGGGUGUUUGAGCUAGUGUGCCUCCUGGUUGGAACAGCAUCCUACGCUAUGGUCAAAAAAAGACAGAAACGACUGGACACAUUCCUCAUGGAAAAAAUUAACAAACAAAUCUCUGAAGGGGUGUGAUUAUUAACACUGGGUUCACUGAAAUGAUAUCUGUGUGACUGACAUUAGUGAGAGACACAGCUAACAAUGAGUGUUAGGUCAUUCAGGUCGUUCAAUAUUUAUGAUACUGUAUCAGUCUUCCUGAUCUGUCUUUACCAGAAGGGAACUGUGUUGAAGAGUGAGGAAGGGAGAUAACUCUUAUAUAUAAAAUGUCUGAUAUUAAAUGUAUAACCGGGGAAAAAUUCAAAUGAUUAGGAUCAGGGGCGAUAUUACAGGUCCUUAUACUGGCAGCUGGAUCUGUGGUGCUGGAUACGGCUUACACAACUCUUACAAAUGGUUGACAAAGUGUAUGUUGUCAAAAGUUAUGCUAGUUAAUAUAUAUUGCAGGUUUUUUAUAUUGUAUAAAAUGCAUGUUAUAUCAAAAGAACUGUAUUUUGUUUUAAGGAAAUCAAUUAAUAUCAUCUUCUUGACAUUUAUACAGAGUCAAUGUGGAAUUAAAAGUGUAUAAAUUCAUUGUCAGCGUUUUCAUAUAAUACAUGUUAUUUUCAGUGAAUGACUUCAUGUAUGCAAUGAAUAAAGUGAUCAGUUAAUACA